UGGCUAAGUAGUAACCAGAACCAGACAGGUAGAGAGGCUCCUCCCUGGAGAACCAGAGUUUCACGUUACACACAAAAUCCUCUCUUUCUGGCCUGGAGCAUAACUGGAAGAAAGAGCAUGGUGGUGGUUUCUAGUUCACUGUCGAUACUCCCAUCUACACGUUCAUUUUCUUCAAGUUCAAGCAUAGAUACAUCUUCCACGUCCACUUCUCUUAUCCUAAUUCCAUUCAAACCCAAUCCUAGAUUUUCUAAACCAGCUUCUCUACGUUUCACUCGUCAAUCUUCCAAAAUCUUCGCUUUGUCUUCCGAUAGUAGCCAGUGCAUUGAAGAUGGCUCCGCAGAGCCGUUUUUGCAAAAUAGUUCAAUUGCAGAUUUCAUGAGGUUCAAGAAAGGUUCAGAUAGGAGCAGCGGCGAGUUGCAGACUGCUGUUGUUAGUUACAGAAAGAGGUUCCCUUGGUCUCUUCUCAACCCUUUCCUUCGGGUUGAUUUGGUUUCUACUAUUCACAUUGCGGAUAAAGGUUACUUCACCACACUUCAGAAGGAACUUGCGCCCUAUGAUUGUGUCCUUUAUGAGAUGGUAGCUAGUAGGGAGAGUUUAGAGAAUCGAAGAAACCCUGCCACUACAAAGAGAUUGAAAGGUUCACGACCGAGAGGAUUCAACAUCCUAGGGUGCAUUCAGCGCCAAAUGGCUCGGAUCCUUAUGCUUGAUUUCCAGUUAGACUGUCUCGAUUACGAGGCUGAGAAUUGGUAUCAUGCAGAUCUUGACUAUGAGACUUUCAAACUACUUCAGCUUGAAAAAGGUGAAAGCUUCUUCACAUUUGCUAGAGAUAUGACUAUCAAAUCAACAAAAGCCAUGGUGCAACCUACAAUUCCAGAAGACCUUGGUCCUUGGAGAUCCAAACUUCUUUGGGCUUCUCGUGUACUUCCUAUGCCACUUGUAGGCCUUUUCAUUAUUGGAAGCGUCUGCGAUGUGGGAAGUCAGGCAUCAGAAUAUCCAGAGCUAGAAGCCUUGUCUAGGCUUGACUUUGGUGCUGCAAUGAAGGUUUUCCUGGCAAAGCGACUAACAUCUGAGUUCACGCAGGUGACAGCCGAUGUGGAAGAGGGAUCAGUUAUCAUAGGCGAGAGGAACAAGGCUGCAAUGGAGGCCCUUAAAAGAGCAAUUGAUGACGGCCAUAACAAGAUUGCCAUAUUGUAUGGUGGCGGACACAUGCCAGACUUAGGAAGGCGAUUGCGAGAAGAGUUCGACUUGAUCCCUUCUGAAGUGCAGUGGAUAACAGCAUGGUCUAUAAGGAACCGAGCAUUGAAAAGCAAUUCCCUCCCUUUCCUUACAAGGAUGGCUGAAGUUUUGGGUUGGCCAUUGAACCGCUACCAAACGUUGGCAUUGUUCAUAUUUUCCUCAGUACUUGCACUAGAUCUUUGGUUCUGGGAACUGUUUUUUGGCACUACAGUGAACUGGAUCUCCCAGAUAGCUUCUGAAGUUGAUCGAUAUCUUCUUACUGCACAGAUAAUGUGAUUGUUGUCUGAUAUUUAAAUUGUUGUCCGUUAAUAUGGACAGGAAGAAAAGCAAAAUCUGGCUAUGCAUACUACUGCUGGUGUACAUAUUAUGAAAACGAUUAGACUCAGAAUUAUUUGUCAAAUCCAUAAAAAAAAAAAAAAAGAAAUGAGUAAUUUUUUUCUGUGCA